AUGCCUUCGCGAAAACCCAGCAAGUUCGGGAACAAAUUCCGAGGUGCUGCUGCAUCCUCUGGUCCUCAACGAACAAAAACGGUCGAAUUCGGUUCCCUGCGCAUUAGCGAAGCAACAUCCCAAGAUGAGAAAUUCGAGGCCAUCCGACUGGCUAGCAGUAUCGAUGAACAACUUGGUUUCCCGCGCUUCGAGUCUGGCGAGACAAGGGCAGGCUGGCUUGUCAAUAUGCACAGUACGACCAUAGAGGAUUCAAACGUGCAAGGAGGUCGUGCCGGUGUCGACUUUUAUUUUCUUCAAGACGACGGAAACAAUUUCAAGGCGACGGUCGAAUACGAGCCUUACUUCCUGAUUUCCGUGAAAAAGGGCCAUGAGAUGGAAGUUGAGGAAUGGUCCAAGAGAUCAUUCGAGGGCUUGAUCAAGAGCUUCAAGCGGCUUGACAAAGAAGAUCUGAAUCUGCCGAACCAUCUCCUUGGACACCGGAGAACCUUCAUCAGGUUGAAUUUUGCCAAUGUGAGCAACCUGCUUGAAGUCCGGCGCACUCUUCUUCCUCUGGCAGAGAAGAACAAGAAGAACGCGGGUGUAAUGGACGCAUACGUCGAAAUGUCCAGUGCAACCACCGGCUUCGAUCUUUUUGAUGACGAAAUAAUUAAUGAGCAACGACCUAAUGCAAACACGCAAGCGAGUGAUUUUAUUGUUGAUAUCCGAGAAUAUGAUGUUCCGUAUCAUGUUCGGGUGUGCAUUGACAAGGAUAUUCGAAUCGGAAAGUGGUAUAAUGUGCAGGCAAAGCACGGCGAGAUCUCUUUAUCAUGCAUAGAAGAACGACUUCAGCGUGCCGAUCCUGUGGUACUUGCCUUUGAUAUCGAGACCACAAAACUGCCCCUCAAGUUCCCCGAUGCCGUGAUCGACCAGGUCAUGAUGAUUUCCUACAUGAUCGACGGCCAAGGAUUCUUGAUCACUAAUCGAGAAAUUGUUUCCGAGGACAUCAACGACUUCGAAUACACACCAAAGCCUGAAUACAAUGGACCUUUCAUCAUUUUCAACGAGCCCAACGAGCGGGGCGUAUUGGAGCGUUUUUUCGAGCACAUCAAGAUCGCAAAACCCACUGUCAUUGCUACAUAUAACGGUGACUUUUUCGAUUGGCCGUUCGUGGAAGCCAGAGCGAGCGUCAAUGGAAUUGACAUGUACUCAGAGAUCGGCUUCAGAAAGAACAGCGAAGACAUCUAUCAGGCCGAUUACUGUGUACACAUGGAUUGUUUUGCCUGGGUCAACCGUGAUAGUUAUCUGCCCCAAGGAAGUCGUGGUUUGAAAGCAGUGACUGUCGCCAAGCUCGGCUACGACCCCGAUGAACUUGACCCGGAACUGAUGACUCCAUAUGCGAGUGAACGACCCCAAACUCUCGCCGAGUACUCAGUCUCCGAUGCUGUCGCAACCUACUACCUAUACAUGAAAUAUGUACACCCUUUCAUCUUCUCCCUGUGUACCAUCAUUCCUUUGAAUGCCGAUGAAACACUGCGAAAAGGCACUGGAACCCUCUGCGAGAUGCUACUCAUGGUCCAAGCCUACCAACACGAAAUUGUUCUUCCCAACAAGCACAAGGAUCCACCGGAAGCCUUCUAUGACGGCCAUUUGCUUGAGUCUGAAACCUAUGUUGGUGGUCACGUCGAGAGUAUUGAGGCUGGUGUUUUCCGAAGUGACAUCCCGGUCACCUUCAAUGUCGACCCCAAGGCCAUGGAAGAGCUUAUCCGAGACCUAGACCAUGCCCUCAGGUUCAGUAUUGAGGUUGAAGAGAAGAAGUCCAUGGACGACGUGACAAACUUUGAAGAAGUCAAGGCUCAAAUCACAGAACGUUUACUUGACCUGCAGAACAGUCCUGUUCGAAAUGAGGUGCCUUUCAUCUACCACUUGGACGUCGCCUCUAUGUACCCCAACAUCAUGAUCACCAAUCGAUUGCAGCCUGAUUCAUUGAUCAAAGAGUCAGACUGUGCCGCCUGCGAUUUUAACCGUCCCGGAAAGACCUGUGACAGACGAAUGCCGUGGGCAUGGCGUGGUGAAUUCUUGCCUGCGAAGCGCGACGAAUACAACAUGAUUAGACGUGCUACUGCGAAUGAACGAUUCCCUGGUAAAUACAAGAAUUCCCCAAUGAGGUCAUUCAGCGAUCUCAGCAUCGAGGAACAAGCCGGUGUGAUCAAGAAGCGACUCCAGGAUUACAGCAAAAAGAUCUAUCACAAAAUCCACGACAGCAAGACCAUGGAACGAGAGGCCAUCAUCUGCCAGAGAGAAAAUCCCUUCUACGUCGAUACAGUGCGCGACUUCCGUGAUCGGCGAUAUGAUUUCAAAGGCAAGCAGAAGGUCUGGAAGAACAAGACUGACGCUUUGCAAUCGUCCGGCGCUUCUGCAGCUGAAAUUGACGAGGCCAAGAAAAUGAUUGUUUUGUACGAUUCUCUCCAACUUGCACACAAGGUUAUUUUGAACAGUUUCUACGGCUAUGUCAUGCGAAAGGGUUCGCGAUGGUAUUCCAUGGAAAUGGCUGGAGUCACCUGUUUGACGGGUGCCCAUAUCAUUCAAAUGGCACGCGAGCUUGUUGAGCGCAUCGGCCGACCUCUAGAGCUUGAUACCGAUGGUAUUUGGUGUAUGCUCCCAGGUACCUUCCCCGAAAACUUCACCUUCACAUUGAAAAAUGGGAAGAAAUUGGGCAUUUCGUACCCUUGUGUCAUGCUUAAUCACCUUGUUCAUGCUCGUUAUACAAAUCACCAGUACCAGGCUCUCACCGACCCAUCGACCUUUAAAUAUGAGACUCACAGUGAGAAUUCCAUUUUCUUCGAAGUCGACGGACCCUACCGAGCUAUGAUCCUGCCAACCUCAAAAGAAGAAGACAAGAAUUUGAAGAAGAGAUACGCCGUGUUCAAUCACGAUGGAUCCCUAGCGGAACUCAAGGGAUUCGAAGUCAAGCGAAGGGGAGAGUUGAAGCUCAUCAAAAUUUUCCAAACCCAGAUUUUCAAAUUCUUCUUGGAUGGGACGAAUCUUGCCGAAACGUAUGCCGCCGUGGCUCGAGUUGCUGAUCGAUGGUUGGAUGUCCUCUACGAACAUGGAGCAACAUUAGCCGACGAGGAGCUAAUUGAUCUCAUCUCGGAGAACCGUAGUAUGUCCAAGACUUUGGAGGAAUAUGGAAAUCAAAAGUCGACAUCCAUCACCACCGCAAAACGCCUCGCAGAGUUUUUGGGUGAGCAGAUGGUUAAAGAUAAGGGACUCAACUGCAAGUACAUUAUCUCAUCAAGGCCCAGGAACACCCCUGUCACUGAACGAGCCAUUCCUGUGACAAUUUUCUCCGCCGAGGAGAGUGUCAAACGCUUCUUCCUGCGAAAAUGGCUAAAGGAAGAUCCAGGUGAUAUGGAUCCUCGGACCGUUAUUGACUGGGAUUACUACCUUGAGCGUUUGGGCUCCGUGGUCCAGAAGCUCAUUACCAUCCCUGCUGCACUUCAGAAGAUUCGGAAUCCUGUCCCACGCGUUGCUCACCCCGACUGGCUGCAGCGACGGAUCAAUCAAAAGGACGACAAAUUCAAGCAGAAGAAGAUGACUGACAUGUUUGGCAAGUCCGAGAAAGCUCCGCUUUCUUCCAUCUCCGCCAACAUUCUGGAACACCGCGUUCAACAUGCUGGUGAUAUGGAGGAAGUCAUUGCAAGCGCUACACAGAAGAACAAGUCUCCUCAAAGCAAGAUUGCUCAGAAGAGGAGGCACCCAGAGAGCGCUCCCAAAACAUCUCUGGAUCCUUUUGCUACUCUGCCGACAGUCAUGCCAUCCAUGUCAGAUGAUUAUGAAGGGUUCCUCAAGUACCAGAAGCAAAAAUGGAAGAUCCAGAAGCAAGCACGAAUUCGUCGUCGCCAAUUGUUUGGUGAGCGGACCAACGUUGCCACUGAUUCCCUGAGCAACUUCUUCCGCAAUCAGGCCCAAAUGCUAUAUAUCAGUACAUGGCAGGUGCUGCAGCUCUGUGAAACCGGCCGGCCAGGUAUUGUGCGGGCCUUUGUGUUGAUCGAUCAAAAGAUCCACGCACUCAAUGUCAAAGUUCCGCGGCAAUUCUUCGUUAAUUUGAAGCGAGACACUCUGCCUGACAUUGAUGUGCCAGAGUGUGAGGUUGAAAAGGUCAAUCAUACCCUUCCUAAUGGCCAUCCUUCGGUCCACCUCUUCCGUGUGUCGUUGAGCGAAGACAAGUUCCUCGAAGAGGCUGACAAGAUGGAUGCUUUGUUCCAACAUCCCAGUAUCGAGGGCGUCUAUGAGCGAAAUAUUACACCGAGCAUCCGCGCAGUACUGAAGCUUGGAAGCCACUGUACUUUUGAUGAAGAGCAGCGUGGCGUGCUUGGUGAUGGUCUGGAUAAAGGCUUCGAUCUCUCUACUUUGCUUCAUGCCACAUCCGACGAGCCUUAUUUGAUGAAUUCGUCCUUGGCAUACCAUUACCUGUACCAUGUUGCCUCCGGAGAUCGACAAGUCUUUGCCUUGUUCUCAACGACCAAAAAGGAAGCCAAUAUUGUUAUUUUGAACAGAACCAGGGAUGCCCAAGGCCUGCCGAAUGUCGACAAAAUUUACACUGAGCUGCUUUCUCGCAAGCUGCAAGACACUGCUGAUGAUGCAGCACCGAACGCGUUUGAGUACCAAGAAAAGAUUCGUUUUAAGACAACCCAAGUGAUGACUCGACGCAAGGCUCACCUCGAGAUUGGUGAUUUGGUGAGAAAACUUCGCAGUGAGGAGACCCAGCCAGCUGUUUUGGUUAUUCAAUCCCAGCAAAAGGACCGGAUAUGCCACGAGAUUCCAAUCUUGAAGGAAUAUCCCACCCUGUCUGUGAAGCCCGAAGUCUCGGACAUGGAUCUUCCACCGCUUGGCUGGCAAAGUUUCAUCGCGAGACGCCUGGUCACCCACUAUCUGUAUCUUGCAGCCUGGAUCCAGCACCUGACCCUGCUUGCUCGUUAUGGAGAUGUGCCGCUUUGCAACUUGGAGACAGACGAUCCUCGCUAUCUGAUUGAUAUUUCGUAUGCUAGACGACUUCAGAAGAGCAAUGUAGUUCUCUGGUGGUCUACGGCGCCACGACCAGAUCAUGCUGGUUAUGAAAGAGAUGAUAUCGUGGAUUCCUUGGACAAGGUCAAUAUGCCCGCAGUGAAUUCGCCAAGCUCCUAUUCAACAGUAUGCAUCGAGCUGGAUGUCCGCAACCUUGCCAUCAAUACUAUUCUCACAUCCUCCAUUGUCAACGACAUGGAUGGAAAUGACGCUCUUUUGGCGCCUUCCGGUGGCACAGAAGAUACAGGGGUUCUGUACUCCGAGAAAGCAUUCGCAUCUGCUGGGGCGGUCGUUCUGCGAGAGAUGGUCAAAAACUGGUGGACAGAGGCAUGCGCUGGAAAUAGUAUGGCUGAUAUCAUGGUCCAGCAUUUGAUCCGAUGGGUGGAAAGCCCCGUUUCGUGUCUCUAUGAUCGAUCCUUGCAUAACUACGUGCGACUGCUCUCCCGCAAAUCUUUCCAAAGGUUGAUGGCUGAGUUCCGACGAGUUGGCUCAAAUGUAAUCUUUGCCAGCCCAACUCGUCUACUGCUUCAAACUACCAAGACCGAGGUCGGCAAUGCCUACGCUUACAGCCAGUAUGUGCUGAAGUCAAUCCGAGCCAACCCCCAAUUUCACUUUGUCGAUCUUGAGAUCAAGGAAUACUGGGACUAUCUCGUCUGGUACGAUGAGUACAAUUACGGCGGCAAGGGCUGCCGGGAAGUAGUUGAAGCCGACAAGCAGGACCUCGAGACCGUCAUGCACUGGCAACUCAGCCGAUUCUUGCCGACGCCCAUGCAGACCAUCUUCCACGAUUGGGUUGUCGAGUACAUCGAAUUAAUGCACAGUGCGAAGCGACCAGAUCAGCAAGAUGCCGAAAUCUCUUCUACACCCCGUUUGACCCAAAUUCCUAUUGGGCAGUCCAGUCAAGGGGAUAACCAAGAGCUCACAGCCGUACUCGCGGAUCGAUUCUCGAAGCCUCUGAAAAAGCAGAUCUCAGGUCUCAUUCGCCGGCAGCGCGAUGAGAUGCUCCAUCCCGAGCUCGCAUCCGACUAUGCCUUCCCAGUUCUUCCUGGUGUCCUAGUGGAUCCCCACGGAGACAAGCGCAACCCGGCACUGGAGCUGGUGAAAUUGCUGAUGCAGGUUUUGAGUCUGUCCAAAACAACCACCCUAGAAUCAAGACUUCUACGCCGGGAACUACUGGCCCUGUUUGAAGUGCGCGAAUUCAGCAAGGAAGGCCGCUUCGAGAACCCUAGCGCUAGUCUGAAACUGCCCGAGCUUACCUGCAACGCCUGCUGUCUCAUCCGCGACCUGGACCUAUGCCGUGAUGAAGAUGUACUCCCAGACCCGGGCGAUACCAGUAAGACGCCUAAGCCAUGGCGCUGCCCCUUCUGUCAGACCGAGUAUGACCGGUUGGCGCAAGAGGAAAUCCUCAUUGGCCAGGUGCACGGUCUUGUUGUUGAGUGGCAGACGCAAGACCUCAAGUGUUCCAAAUGCAGCGGUCUUAAAAUCAGCGAGUUCAUGGAACACUGCUCUUGCAGUGGCGCCUGGGCUCCCACUGUGGACUUGAAGGAAACGGAGAAGAAAUUGCGCGUGUUACAGAGCGCUGCCAAGUUCCAUAGCCUGCAACUGCUGGAGGGCGUGGUGGAAAAUGUGCUCGCACAGAUGUAG